GUUAUAAAGAAGCAUGCUUGCCUACAAAAUCAAUGUGGCAUCAUUCCUCUCAAGUAGACUUACAUUAAUCCAUUAUGGCACAGACUAUCGUUCUUAUUUCGGGUGCGAACCGGGGUCUAGGCGAGGGCCUGGCCAAGCGUUACUUGGCACAGCCGAACCACAUCGUAAUCGCCGCUAACCGGAACUCGAGGCAUCCGACUUCAAAAGCGCUCGCCGAUCUGCCUAAGGGGGAGGGGAGCAGCUUAAUAGUUGUUAAACUUGACGCCACGGUCGAGCAGGAUGCUUUUGACGCUGUUAAGACUCUCCAGGAGUCGCACGGGAUCGACCACCUCGAUAUUGUCAUCGCUAACGCCGGCGUCUCGUUCGUCUGGCCGGCUGUCAAAGACGUCAAGAUUGACGAUCUCCGGGCGCAUAUCGAACCUAACGUUUAUGGCGUUGUAACUCUGUACCAGGCCACGCGCCCACUGCUGCAGAAGGCUUCCCGCGAGCCCAUCUUUACACCCAUCGGGUCCUCAGCCGGGUUUAUAGGGAAACAACCUCCCAUCCCUAACGCGGCGUACGGACCAUCGAAGGCAGCGCUGCACUGGUUCACCGUCCGGAUCAACGCCGAGGAUGACUGGCUCAACGCCUUCGUCACGGGCCCCGGCUGGGUCCAGACCGAACUCGGGAAUGCGGGCGCACGCGGCCUAGGGGUUGAGCAGGCCCCGCUAGGAGUCGACGAGUCCUGCGACGGUAUGAUGCAUAUGCUCACGGUAUCCACGAAAGCAGAUCAUGGCGGAAAGAUGGUGUCGUAUAACGGGGAAGUCACCUCGGAGUGGUAAAAACGGGCUAUAAGAGUGGGCUAUAUAUGUUCCCGAGUUUGAACCACGGGACUUGAGGAUAUACCUACCUAUCUAUCGCCUCUAACCUCUAGAUUUAUCGCUGUUAUGUUGAAGCUAGGAGUACACCGAUAAGGUUGAGAAGAAUGUGUGUGGUUUAGAUCUCGU